AUGACUGUCGAUCCUGCUAGUCCCAAGAGGGGCUUCCGAUUUCAGAGCCUCAAGGGCUACUUCAUCGCCCAAGAGUCCAUGGAAGGGGACGUGGAGAAUACCGCUCAAAAGAUUACUCAGAAGGACCUUGGGUUGCUACCCCGGACCUAUUUGGAGGAGGUCACUUCAUCUGAGCAUGACGGCUCCAAAGCCUCAUGGCCAGCCUUUGCCGAACAUGUCAAGGAACUGAACAAGAACGCCCCGGAUGGCGUCUCAUACAAGGUCGUAUUCGUCACACGCCAUGGUCAGGGACAUCAUAAUGUGCAGGAAGCCAAAGUCGGGACAAAAGAAUGGGAGGGUCACUGGGCCCUCCUAGACGGCGACGGAACCGUAACCUGGGCCGACGCCGACCUGACCGAAAAGGGCCAGCAGCAGGCCGUCGAGACGGGACGCAUCUGGGCCGAGCUCAUACAAGAGCGCGAGAUGCCGUUUCCGGUGCUGUACUGCAGCCCCCUGCAGCGCUGCCUCAAGACGUCGCGCAUCAUUUACCAAGACCUGUCCGCCAAGCGCGGCCGCCUUUACCGCCCCAUUGUCAAGGAGCUCUUGCGCGAGCAAAUGGGCCGCCACACGUGCGACCGCCGGAGUCCCCGGUCUUGGAUCCAGGCCAACUUUCCCGAGUGCGUCUUUGAGGACGGGUUCACCGAGGCCGACGAGCUGUUUCGCUCCGAUGUGCGCGAGACGGAUGACGAGGGCAUCGCCCGGGAGCAUGUCGUGCUCGAGGACAUCUUUGCUCAUGAGCCGGCCGAUUUUAUCGCCCUGACUAUGCAUUCGGCGGCGUCUCGGUUUCUGAUGGAAGCCAUUGGUCACGAGGUUGUCCGGCUGGCGCCUGCGGCGUCUAUUGUAUUCUUGAUCAAGGGCGAAAAUGUAACGGAAUAA